ACAGAUGAGAAACUGUAAGCCGGCUUGAGUGGGCAAGGAUGGAGUCUUCAAUGAUCAAGCACGUUCCAUAUGGCCUCCAGAUCCUGCUCGAGGGAGUGAGCUGGGCUGUCAUGGAAGACAAACCGGAUGACAUUGCCGAGUUUUUUGCUCUCUAUUUCCAAGAUCUUGUCAUCUUUCGAAAAGGGCAUCCAGAUCUGGAUAUAACAGAACUGGUUCAUAAGUUUGAGAUGUCCUGUAGAGCCUCUAAUGGAGUUGGUGCUGAAACCGCUCUUCAUUUUAUUUCAACGGAAACAGUUGCUCUUGUAUUGCCAUUAUGUGCCUUUUACCUUGCAGAAAACAUGAAGGAGGGACUGGAAGCGAAGACCUCCGAGCACACAGAUCCUUCGUUUUCUGGGGAGCCCAAGCAAAAGGACAAGUGUACGGACACCGAGGAAGACCAGCUCCUUAAAGAACCUGAAAUUCAAUAUAGCUCCAAAGCAACUCAACACCCAUCAGUUGCCAGUUCCGUGGCAGAAAGCAAAUCCCCCCCUGGAUCUGCUAGACCUCCAUCCCCCGAGGGACCUGAACUGGUGUACGUCCCCGCUGAGUCUACACAGCUUGCUGCCCAUGCGCUAGGUAACACUGACUCUUUUUGUUCUGUGAGGGAUGUGGCAACCAGCGUGCAGACUCUUUACGAAGACUCUCAGACCUCAGAGAAUGAACUUACACCAGUAGAAGGUGCUGCUGAAGAUGUUGCUGCUGUCCCAGCAGCCGAGCCUAUCGUAGAGGCUGUUAGGUCACAACCAGCAGUGCAGAGCCCGUCCUCCAUAGCUGGAGAACUAGGGCCCUCAGACAGCCAGGCUGAUGUUUCAACAGAUGAUGAUGUAAAUGAAGCUUCCUCGGCCACCCUGGGGGAAGACCCAUCACCAUCACCUCUUUCACCACCACCACCCCCAUCACCUGCUCCUCAAGGUCCAUUGCAGGCUGUGCCUUCCUGCAACGGCGCUGAGGUUACCUCAACCACUGAGGCUGUAACACUGUGGUGGGAUGGUGAGCCAGUUAUGGGCGCAGAGGUUGCACCUUAUGAGGGUGCGGAGGUGGCACCUUAUGUAGAGCAGUUUCCACGGAAAAUAAUCAUUCCCUUUGUAGACCAAACAGCUUGUCUGGUAGAGACUGAGCAGCCUCUAAAUGCAGGCCAUGGCUCAAGGUCUUAG